UCCACAGCAGAAGAACCGCACCCUCGCCCCUCCCCUCCCAGUAAACUCAGCUCCAGAGGCUGGCCUGAUUGCAGAAGCGCGUGCAGCGUGGGGAGUGACAGCUUUUCGUUGAUUUUGGAGUGUUGGAUCUCCUUCCCUGCCCCAGAGUCCUGAGCGAACCUCUAACCUGCUGUCUGGUUGGCCUUUUGUGCGGUUUCCGUCGGGGGCCUAAAAAGCCAUGAUGCAAACAAAGACAGUUCCUGCUAACAGUGGCUGACCUGUACCCUCGACAGCAGACUCUCAGCACAAAGCCACUUUUUCUGCCAAGUUCAGAGACUUGAGACUAAAGAUGUCCAAUCCACCAUACAACCUCUUUGGACAAUCAAGUCCUAUCCAAGAUGAGGAGGUGCUUCCUAAAGAACCACCACAGAAAGACCUUUGGAGGGGAUUACCUACUUUUCAAUCUGGACCCUGCCUCUACUCCUCUGGAACUACCUCUCUGAAAAGUGUGGGAUUAGCUCCAUCAGUGACUCAUGGGUCUGAAAACAAAACGGACGGGUUGGCUGAAACAAGGACUACUUCAAACUUGAAUUGUACAAGUGUUGGAUUUUAUUCCUCAAGUUCAGAGUUUUUUUCGGCCUCUGACGGACAGAGACUUUCUGACAUGGACUUUGACAAAAGGCUGUUUGAUUUGUCAUCAAGCCAUAGAAAGGAUGUUCAUGCUAAUACUUCAAAAUUCAUUAAAGAUUUGGAGGUUGGUGACACUAACAUCACGGACCAGCCAGACUUGAGCAACCUUGCAAUCACUCGACAAGCAGCUGCCAAGAUCCUUAUGGAUUAUGGACUUGAAAAAGAGGACCUGGAUGAGCUUAUAUCAUGCCCUACUGAACAGACCACCGCUCAGAACCUACCACGCACCCUUUGGAAAAUACGCAUGAAAAAGGCUUUGAGAGCUGCAACUACAAACAAGUCAACACUUGGCAGUGAACCUCUUUCUUCCACAAGAGAUUCUGGACUGAAUCCUGUGAAUGCUCCUGAAGGAGUCGGAACAGGUCAGGCCGUAGUGCCUCCAACUACUGGUCAACACAGUAAAGUGGUUGACUUUCAACAUCUAGAGAUACACACCGCAGCGGUGGACAAAACUUUAGAUACUACCGACAGUGCCAAUAAAAGUAAUCAAUCACCACAAGAAGGUAUAAUGGCUUUGAAACGCAGUAUUUUGAACUUAUUCUCAAGUCAACAGACUGUGUGUAUCACCAGUGUUAAUUUGACUGGGAACUCUGAGACUCCUCCAGGCAGCAGUUCAGUUAAACUGCUACAGAAUGAUCCAAACAGGAGUCUCCUGAAAUCUGAAGUCUCAAAAUCCUCUAUGUUGGGAAAAGUUGUGCCCACCGUAGAAGCUGUACCUGCUUGUGGUUUUCUUACUGGGAUAAUUCCCAAACCUGACUUGGUGUCAGUGAAGGGCAAUGAUAUAAGCUCUGGUCAAAUGGAUAUUCAAGGUGAAGCGCCAAAGUUCACAGAGAAGACAAUGGAUCAAACGCCACCUGUUCAACAGCUAUUCAAGUCACACAUGGGACAGACUGAAGGUUCUAAAGUUGUUCCUGCUGGCAAACCAAUGCCUUUGCUUAGUUUGACCAUUCCUGCAAGGAACAACGCACCCCUCCCACUGUUGACUCUAGAUCUUUUGCCUCAGCAAGUAUUGGAUCCAGCCAAAACCAAGAAAAAGCCAUCUCAAGAGGGGAAGCCUACUGCCAAGGGUCUGCCAUCACUGACCGUGAUGCAUGAUUAUGCUGGGUUCACACCAAGAAAGUUUUCUCAUACCUGUUCUUUGUGUAAGAAAACAUGUUCUCAAAUGAAGGAAUGGAAAUCCCAUAAAUAUACAAGCCUGCAUCUCCAGAACUGCAAAGACCUUCGAAAACAAUAUCCAAAGUGGGAUGGGAAAGUACCACAAUUGCAGAGAAAGUCUUUAGUACCUGUCCAAGCUUCCAAGCCCCAUCCUCAGAAAAGAAGGGCAAAAAGUCGAUCUCGUUCAAGCUCACAAAGCCCCGUCCGCUAUCGAGUUUCUGAAGAUGGAAGGGAGAGUCGGUGUGGCAGGACACGGUCACAACGCAGCCCCAGACGCAUUAGCAGGUCUCGCUCUAGUUCUUGGUCCCCACAAUAUGACUGGACUUCUACUUCCCAUAAUCGUUCACGUUCAAGGAGCCUUGAGAGGGGCCGUUCACCGAAGAGAAGAGACCGAAGGAGAUCUUCGCCGAGGAGAAGCAUAGAGCGACAGUUUUCACCAAGGAGGUUUUCCCCAAGGAGAUUCAUGGAGCGUCAGUUUUCACCAGGGAGAAUCAUCGAGCGUCGGUUUUCACCAGGGAGAAUCGUGGAGCCUCAGUUUUCACCAGGGAGAAUCAUCGAGCGUCGGUUUUCACCAGGGAGAAUCAUGGAGCGGAGGUUUUCACCAAAGAGAGUUAUAGAGCGACGGUUUUCACCAAGAAGAAGCAGAGAGCAACGGUCUUCAAGUAGAAGCAGAGAGCGACAGUCCUCACCAAGGAGAAUCAUAGAGCGGAGGUUUUCACCAAGAAGAAGCAGAGAGCGAAGGUCUUCACCAAGAAUAUUCAUAGAGCGACGGUUUUCAUCAAGUAGAAGCAGAGAACGACGGUCUUCAUCAAGUAGCAGCAGAGAGCGACGGUCUUCACCAAGAAGAAGCAUAGAGCAAAGAUCUUCACCAAGGAGAAUCAUAGAGCGACGAUAUUCAUCAAGUAGCAGCAGAGAGCGACGGUCUUCACCAAGAAGAAGCAUAGAGCGAAGAUCCUCACCAAGAAGAAGCAUAGAGCGACAGUCUUCACCAAGGAGAAUCAUAGAGCGACGGUAUUCAUCAAGUAGCAGCAGAGAGCGACGGUCUUCACCAAGAAGAAGCAUAGAGCGACGGUCUUCACCAAGGAGAAUCAUAGAGCGACGGUAUUCAUCAAGUAGCAGCAUAGAUCGAUGGUCUUCACCUAGAAGAAGCAUAGAGCGACGGUCUUCACCAAGGACAAAGGGAGACAAACGAUUGUCACCAAGAUUGAGCCAUGAACAAUCACUUUCUCCAAAGAGAAUCGAGGAACGAUCCUUGGUCAAGAGUAUCCCUAAGUUCCGGUCAUCUCCACUGAAGAAAAAUGAAAAACGGUCAUCUUUGACAAAGAGUUGUAAGAGGAAGGCGUCCCACCUAAAGUCAUUGCCUCCACAGAAGAAGCCCUGUUCCCUUGAAAACCUGACAGAAAGACUUCUUAAAACACCAGUUGUUCAGUCGCUCUCAGGACAGCAAAGUGUGGAAGACAUGGUCAAAACUAUGGUUCCGUUUGUCCUGGAGGAACUUGCUAGAAUGAGUACCUCAUCAUCUUCCCCAGCACCUUUAUCGAAAUUAUUGAAAGACUCGUCAUCAUCUUCUCCUUUAUCUGGAGAAAGUAGCUUUUUAUCUGCUGGUUCCACAUCUUCAAGUGCAGUAAAGGUGGGGAGAAUUGCAAAUUUGAACAAUGAGAAUACUUCUCCAAUAAAGUCUAAGUUCAGCAAACCAUCCCCUCCAACCAUGGUAAAGCUCAAAGGAACUUUUGACACUCUGUGUCACAGUGAUUUGAUUUCUGCAAUGGACAUCUAUGGAAAAACCAAAUCAGUUCUUCUGUUCAAGCCAAAGCAAGAGGCACGUGUGUGUUUUGAAAAAGAGGAAGCUGCUUUGAAACUUAAAGCCUCGAAGAACUUUGAGAUCAAAGGAGUAUCAGUGACUGUUGUUCCAGAAAAGGAUGUUGUGUUUGAAAGGCCAACACAAACAAGCACACCCGAGCAGAAAAAUCCUCAGCAAAACUCUUCAGAUUUAAGUCCGACCACUUCUCAGACAAGCUCAACAGGCUCAACAACAGUUCUUUCAUUCAAAAAGCUUUUAUCUUUACCAGAGAAACCUCAAACCAGCACUACAGGCAAACAUCUAACAGAAGCAAAAUCUUCCGCUUUCAAAGGAAAAAUUGGUGCUGCAAAGAAGACGGUCAAAUCUAUAAAACCAAAGAGCAUAACUGCCAAAGCACCCAUUGAAUCAGCUGUGGUUGAAAAAGAGCUGUCAAUGCGGCAAGAAACUGAAGAGCGUCAGAAAAGUCCUGAAGAAACUCCCCAAACUGAAAAACCAGCAGAUUUCAUUGUUGCCAAACCAAGCAAAGAGUUCCUGGCUUUCAACGCAGAAAUGGCCCCAACAGCUACACAUGAAAAGCUUGAGGAACCUGCCAAAUCUGUGGGAAAAUUGCUGAUAAAAGCCCCAGAGAACAAAUGGUUACAUCCAGCCCACGGCGAUGAAAAAGAUGGAGGAAACGCCAAAAAGUUGUUGGAAUCUAUUGUGUCUGAACGCCAACUGGUUCCCUCUGAGGUCCAGGUGGAAGCAAUGGAUACCAAAGAUCAGGAAUCCAUUUUAGAGGCUGGAGACUCAGCUGAGGCUAUGCCACCUACUGAAAUAAAGGAUCAUUCAGAGCUUCCUGAAGUUUUUGUAGAAGCAAAAGAUGUUGCAGACUCUGGACAUGAAGAGAAAGCUCAAGAAUCUGAGAUACUUAAAGAUAAAUCUUCUGAAAACAAGACUGACCCAAAGACUUUACCAGCAAAACCAAAUAAAAGUCCUCCACCGACCAGUACCGAGAUCAAACUUGAAACACCUUCAACUGAUCGACUUAAGAAACCAGAGGUCAACCAGCAGAAACCUCCUGAAACUUCAGUCAAAGCAGCAUCAACGACACCAGCUUCAGGAUCCAGUGGAAACCUGUCAGUAGGAGCUUCAGCUGAAACUUCUUCAGAUGCAAAGACAAGUGUUGGAGUAGAGACAAAAACAUGCCACACAGUCCCAACUUCAGUUUCUGCAUCUGCAAAUGCCAAGAAGACUCCUAAACCACCUCCGGAGAGCAAACAUCCGGUGCCGCUCUCCUGUCAACAAGCAACAAAUAUUAGCACAUACAUCUCUCCUCAAACAUUGAAUCGCGUCAAGCCAUCACAGAAUCUCUUUUCGGAUGAUCUUUCUUUUUCUUCCCUACUGAUGCUAAUAUCCAACCUGCCAAUACAGACGUUCACCUCUUACACUGAGGAAGAUGUUGUUCAUGUUCUCAGCAAGUUUGGAUUCAAGUAUGAAGAUGACAACAUCUACAUAUUUCCUGGGAAGUGUAUGGCUUUAGUCCUCAUGCCAGAUAUCUGGACAGUGAAUGACAUCUUAAAAGUAUCGAAUUCUAAUUACUUCACCCUGAAGACGAGAAAACUUGCUGCCUCUGUUGUGACGAAGAACAUUUCAAUGUCCCCGCUUGGAUUCUAUAAAUGCAUGUUAAAAUUGACGCCCCUUCCUGUAAAAGAUGACGAGAAUGUGGUCUACAUCCAGGACAUCUCUUGCAGCGAAAUUAAGGAUCUCCUCACAGUUAUGAAAAAAACUGAUUCUGUAACAAGCUACCUGCCACUUAUGAACAAGGUUUUCAUUGAGUUUGAGACGAUGUAUGACGCUGACCGGCUCGGCGUCUGGUACAGCCUCCUGAAGAGGCGCCGUAGCCACAAAGUACGGAGGCUGAAAACCCCGCGGUUCACCUCAACAUCUCAACCACCAAAACUUCCGAUGCAAGCUUUGCCAAACACCAAAGACAUCAUUGACGGCAGCAUCAUUGUACCCGAAUCCGUCACCGUUCCAGCAGGCAGCACUCCACCAUUCUGGGUCACCAUGACAACCAGUCCCUAUGUUUUCGCCACCGUUAGUCCUUGGUUCAGUAUCCCAGAUUUUCUGACGGUCCAAAACCUGGAUGACUUGAACAAAGCGUCCUCCAAAGGCUCAGCGUUUUCCACCGUCAUGCUGACCGGUUUACCUGAAGGAAACUACACGCAGCAGGACGUCACUAAACUGCUGGAGCCUCACUUCUCCAAAAAACCUCUGAACCAUAACUUGAUGAUUCUCCCACUGCAGAGGAGGGCCUUUGUGCGCUUCUACAGCUGGGAUGUUUGCUGCAGUUUCAUCCAAGAUCACAUCAAAAACCCAGUUUCUGUCCACGGCUGCAAACUCCAGCUUCACCUGGUCUUGGAGGACCUGCAGCUCGGAUCCAGUCAGGAUCUCAUGUACAAAUCGCUGAUGAAGUUGAGCCACAUCUACGUCCCAGAACUGGACCACGUGGGAGACCAGCUGCUGUGUGUGGAGGUCUCUGAGGUCAAGCUGGACCUCAUCAAGGACGUCGUGAACGAAGUCGCGUCCGCUGCUUCUUUUGUCAACUUCCUGCCGCUCGCCAACAAGAUUUGGGUUGAGAUGGUUUCAGCCUCUGAUGCUGAAAAGGUGGUGAAGAAGCUUUUGUCGGUGAAGGACGUGUCCAAAGACUCACUAUGGAGUAUAGUUGGACGCAUUGAGACUUUGAAAAGCCUGAAACGGCGUUUAAAAGACGCCAUUGAAGACCCGGUGGACCUUCCAGCGGCCUCUAAACCCACAGAUUCUGGUGGACCUGAAUCUGCUGAAGAAAAGGCCUCCACCCUCUCCUCAGACCAUACUCCUCCUGGUGCUCCCCAGAAGGAGCAGAGCGGUAACAAGCAGUCGGUAAAUACUCCAGGUCCGGUCCAGUCGGACUCGCCUCCAGAACCACAGACUCCUAUUGAAGGACUGAAGACAGCAGGAGGUGAUUUGAAAGAGCAGGAGGCUGCAGGAGUCCCAGCGGAUGAUUUGGAGGCCAAACAAACACCUGCAGGAGGAGGAUCAACACCUGAAAAAGAUCCUGCAGCUGCUGCUACCAGGAAUCAACCAGAUCCCACGUCUGGAGGGAUCUCCAUCAAACCGUCUCCAGAAGUGAAGAGGCCGCCGUUCCUAAACCCGUUUACAGUCACGGUCAUUCCGUCUCCAACCGUCGGGGAGAAGAUCGGAACGCUUCUGCAUCUAGAGCAAAUCUCCUGUCUGAGUGAGGACUCCAUCAAAACCCCAGAGAAGGUUACCAUUCAGAGAAGGGUGAUUCUAAUCACUAACCUGCCAGAGUUCCACGACGACUGUUACUCAGAGGCCGACAUCUCCAACCUGCUGAGAAACUUUGGGUUUCAGUAUGAAGACACGCACCUCUAUGUGAUUCCACAGUCCUGUAUGGCUUUCGCGCUGAUGCCGAGCUUUCGGAGUGUUAAAAAACUGAUGAAAGAAUCAGAAUCAAAGCCAUUCACUCUCCUGGGGAGUCGGCUCCACCUCCACGUCGUCACCAGUAACAUUCUAAUGAGUCCCUUUGGGUUUUAUAAAUCUCUGAUGGCGCUGGUCAAAGUGAAAGUGAUUGAUGACGGUGCGAGUACGAUCUACAUCAACAACAUCUCGCCCAGUGAGUCCCGGUUCCUGCGGGCGGCUCUGCAGAAGAUCGACUCGGUCAAAAACUACCUUCCUCUCCUCAACAAGGUUUUCGUAGAGUUCGAGUCCAUUCGUGAUGCGGACCGACUCGGGGUUUGGUACAGCCUUCUGAAGAACUGCCCCGCUUUCAGCAUCUUCAGGUUGAGGAUACCACGAAACGACAAGACGUCCCUGCCGCCUCGGCUGGCCACCAAAGCUCUUCCAGACUGUAAGGACGUCGUUCCCGGAGCCGUCGUCCCGGCAACGAACUGUGGCGUUCCGCUGGGGAGCACCGCGCCAUUUUCCGUCACCAUGACGACCGCUCCCUAUGUGUUCCCCACCAUGUCUCCUUGGUUCAAGAUCCCAGAUUUCGUGACGGUCUUCGAAAUCAAAGACAUCCAGAAAGUUAAAUUCCGAGCCUGGAAGUUCUCCACCAUCAUGUUGACCAACUUACCGGAAGGAAACUACAGUCACAGGGAAGUAGUCAAGCUGGUGUGGGACUAUUUCCCCAACCAGAACCUUCAGACUAUCAAUUACAAGGUGGUGGUUCUGCCCCUGCAGAGGAGGGCCUUUGUGCUUUUUGAGAACUGGAGUUCCUGCUGCAAGUUUGUCCAAAGUCACGGCACCGCCCCGGUUCGUGUCCAAGGCAGCAAGCUGAACCUUCACAUGGUGCUGGAAGAGCUUCAGAUCGGAUCCAGUGAGGAGACUUUGUUCAGAAGUUUGAUGAAGUGGAGCAACUCUCGCGUUCCAGAGUUGGAGUCUCUGGAGGAGCGGCUUCUGUGCGUCCACAUCUCUAAAGUCUCUGUGCAGCUCAUCAUUUUGAUCAUGAAGACCGUGGGGGCCAUCGCUCCCUUCGUCAGUUUCCUCCCACUUGCCAACAGGAUCUGCAUAGAGAUGGUCGAAGCUUCUGGUGUGACACAAGUGGUGAAAAAACUGUCAGACAAAUCAGAGGUCGGAGAGUGGAGUAAAGUUCAGUCCGUUGAAUCGUUACAGAGUCUAAAGCAACGUUUAAAAAAGCAGGAAAAUCUCAAAAUCACUUUAGACGACACCUCUAAAUCAGCUACAGCUUUGAAGCAAAAGGUUCCAAAGUUGGCCGUCCAAACCAAACCGUCUGAAACCGCUGCAAACGUGAAUCCUGGAGUCAAAAACUCUGAAUCUGGAGAGCUGGGAGGAGGACAGACGGAGCCCAUGGAAGUUGAAGCUUCUGCCUCCAACUCUAAAGACGUUCUACCAGAGGAAGCCUGCAGCGCUCCUCCACCCGAACGUCUGACCGCUCCACCUCCGAGAGCCACAGCUGAUGUCAAAACUCAGGAAACAGAAGACCUGAAGGAACCACAGAGCACAAUGAAAGCUUCUCAGAGGAAGCAGGAACCAGAACCACAGACCGGAGUGGAGGUCAAAGAAGAGGAAGAUGAAAUAAAACAACCCGACCCAAAUCCAGGAGCUGCAGCCUCCACAUCGUCACACGUCACCCGUCUGACUCCUGGAGAGCAGACUGUCCACGAGUUGACACCAGUGAUGUUGGGCUGUUGUAAACCAAAAAACAUUCUAAGAAUGAUAGGGCGGGCUCAUCCGGACCCCAUAAGAGAACACAAGGGCUAUAGAGGACACUAUGUUAAAGUGUAUGGCCCCAACGUGUUGUGUUUGGCUAACCUGCCAAUGUACGAGGACUGCAGCUACUCAGAGGUGGAUAUCGUAAAUAUGCUGCACGGCUUUGGCGUGGAGUGUGGGACGGACGACGUCUUUGUGUUUAUCGAGUCUCGCUUGGCAUUGGUUUACCUGGACAGUGUUGAAAAGGUUGAAAACUUUUUUUGGGUCCUAAAAAACAAGCAUCUUAUUCUGAAAGGACACAGAUUACAUGCUUGUGCAUUGAGAAAGAUGGUGAAGAACUCUGUGUUAGGAAUUUAUAUAUACAUAAUGUCGAGGACCCGUUUCGGCUCAUCGUUCAGCAAAUGGUGCAUGGUCUACAUCCAGAACAUUCCCCACAGCGACAGGAGCAAUCUGAUCCAAACCGUGAAGAAAGUCUGCUCUGUGAAAAACGUCCUGCCAAUGCUCAACAAGGUCUUAAUUGAGUGCACGUCAUUGAUUGAUGUCGACCUUCUUGGAGUUUGGUUAGCCUCCCAGAAGAAGCACCAGCCCUACAGUGUAGUCAGGAUGGAUGAGGGAUCGCCUCGUCUCAGUACAGGUCCAGGUUCGGUGAUGAAGGCUGUUCCAGGCUCCACGGGGGAUUUUACUGUCAUUCACACAACAGAGGUCAUUCCAGUGGACAGCCUUCCACCGUUCUGGAUCAACAUGGUCAUAGAACCUUACGUGUUCAAUACUCAUUCUCCGUGGUUCAAAAUCCCAGAUUUUUGGACUCUAAACCAAAAAAUUCACGCUAAGACGUACUCGAAGGCAUCCCAGUUCUCCACCGUCAUGCUGACCGGAGCUCUAUGCUUUGAUCAGAAGGAAAUUCUUCAGCGGGUUUUGAGUUUUUUUGCUGAACAGAACCUCUUCACCCUGAGCUACAGGGUGGUGGUUCUGCCUCUGCAGAGCAGGGCUUUCAUCUUUUUCAGCAGCUGGAAAGAAUGUCUCAAGUUUGUCAACGAUGAGUUCAAAAGUCCUUCCCAGGCGCGCAAAUACAGCGUCCACCUGGUGUUGGAGGACAUGAACCCGGGAUACUGUGAGGAGGACCAGUACAGAAGUCUGAUGAAAUGGAGCAACGCUCACGUGACGGAGACGGCGUCCCUGGAGGAGCGGCUCCUGUGUGUGGGGGUCACAGCGACGAACGUCGACCUCACCAAAGCUGUUCUGAUGGGUGUGGCGAGAGUUGCUCCUUUCGUUAAUGUCCUUCCGCUCGGCAACAUGAUUUACAUUGAGAUGGUUGACUCCAACGCAGCAGAGAAGGUCCUGAAGAACACGCCGACAUUCUCUGACACGGACAUGGAGAGGAUCCUACUCAUCGAGUCAGUAAAAGGUCGAAAAGAGCGUCUAAAAGGCUGCGAAAGAAUCCCUGUGAACAUUGACGACCCCUUCCAGCUGACGGCACAACUCCCCCGACAGCCUCCUGCUCUGGUCAAAGUACAUCAGGACAGCAGCAGCUCUGUUUCCGUGGUGACACCAGCAUCCGCCGGAGACUCAGAACUGCUCGCUUCCUCCUCUUCUCUGGGAGAAAGCAGCAACGUGGAGACAGAAGAGGGCAGCAGGGUCCAGACUGUGAAAAAUGUGGGGGAUGUUCCCCCCAUGGAUGAGAAGAGUUUCAACGCAAUCAAAGCUGCAGUUCAGUUUUACAAACAGACCCAGAAAAGCAAAAACAACCAAACGAGCAACAAGACUCCCGAGGACUCUUCCAAAGAUUCCUUAUCCGACGAAUCUUGUUCUGUUGAUAAAGUUCAGGACACGACGGCUGCUGAAAGCUCUUCCCAAACCGUUGAUACGUCCAUGGUCGCAAAUGAGGUUACAGUAAAACCUCUUGAAGACUCGACCACCUCGGGGUCUUCCUGUUCUUCACCGUCUCAGCUCACCGAGGCUCACAGGAACCCUUCAGAGAUGGUCCAAACUUCACCUGCAUCUGCUGAGCAAAAGUCUCCUCCUCCUACGGAUCACAGCAGUUUAUCUGAGGAAGACCUCCUGAAGCUGGACGAGAGCGCAGACGACAAAAGUUCAGAAAUGGAGAGUCAAACACAGAUGAAGAAAAACCCAGAAAAAGAAGAAAAGGAUGAAGACGAGAAGGACAAUGACCAUAAAACCUUGAAUUCAUCUGAUCCCCAAAAUAAUAAAGAGGUUCAAACCUGCGAGCUCAAAGAGCAGAGGUCCCAGGAGGAUGAUCCUCAGGAACCCUCCAGUGAAACACAGAUGGAAGCUGAAAGGUCCACCAGAAGAAGAAGCUCCAGACGCAUCCAAGAAGAGAAGAAAACCCAGGAGGACAAGGUGAUGGUCAGAGAACCGUCCAGCAUUUCCACCAGAAGCAGCACCAGGAGAAUGACGGAGAAAACCUCCAAUGUGGGGAAAGGAACGAUGACACCCAUCAAGAAAACACCAGCAAGCAGAAAGAGACCGUCCAGUGGAGCUGAAGAUGUGAAGAAGGAGGAGAACCCCACACCAUCCAGACCCAGAGGACGUCCACGGAAGAGAACCAGACCGGCAGCAGAUGAAGCUGAAGAACCCAAGCAGAACCCUCCUCCCCCUCGUUCCCCCAGUCCCGCCUCCGACUACGAGCUGCCGCCGUACGACCCCAAGACACCGCUGGGUCAGCAGUUCGUGGAGUCAAAGUGGGGGUUCUUCUGUAAACUCUGCUCCCUUCCAUUCCUGACCAAAGAACAACACUGCAGCUCCAAGGAGCACUACGACAACCUGCAGGGGGACAAAAGUCCGGACGACGAAAUUCAACUGAAAGAUGGAAAAACCAUUCUGGAUACGAUGCCUUGCAUCCCGAGGAGUUCUGUAGAGCAAAAACUCAAGAAAAAGGAGAAGAAGGACAAGAUGCAGCGCAAAUCUCCAUCAGGCCAAGCGAGAAUUCAAUCUGAGGCCACGGAGGCGCUAGGACGCCACACGGCCGUAGCCAUCCUCACUGAUAAACCGCCAGAAACCGACUUGUGCCUCGGGGACUUGCUCACCCUAGACCCCCCCGCCGAAGACCACGAAAUGACCGAGGAACGCCCAGAGGACUUCAGAUGUGUGAACAAAGAGCUCCCACAAGACGGAAAAACUGCAAGCCCAAUCCCCAUGGCUACGGGAAGAUAUUUUCGGCCUGCCCGAGCUCAAAUUCCACGCGGACGCAAAGUGCAGUUCUACUCACUCAUCUACUUGGUUAGUGGAAGAACGGAUAUAAUCAAGUUGAAUAAAAGAUUUCUCCGCCAGCCCCAUGUGUGGAGCAAUAUUGUAAUGGUCAAGAACGGAGAACCAUGCGGCAGAUGCCAACACCUCACCAGAGAAGAAGAGGAGGAUUUGAAAUCUUCAUCCGUGAUAUUACAUCGCUACUCAGAAAACCCACGGGUGUCAGCUGACUGGUGCGGUGCCUCCAAGAAUCUGGUGUCCAUUACCGUCUGGGGGCACCCAGAAGAUCAAUAUCUCCCUAGAUUCCAAUGGAUGGAGUGUCGGACGCGUGAAGAAACCCCACGACGUUAUUUUGUCUUUGAGGACUUGGAACCUUCGGCACCUUUUUACACUCAACAAGGAGGGUGUUGAAACCCCAAGAUCCUGCCAAUGGGGUCUUUUUGUGUGUUAAGUGUAAAAUAUGACCAUAUUUAUGUGCUUAUGUAUUGUCAAACUUGUUUCUGCUCAAAUUUCUACCUCUAAGUGCAAGUCUUGUGUGACAUUUUCAAGAAAACAGGAUAUUCUACCUGCAGCCUCUGAAAAAAAGCAUCUGACCUUCCCUUGAAAUCAGGAUGUGCCGCUUACGCCUCUGCAAACCACUCGAAGAACAAAAAAAAGCGACCUUCAGCCAAAAGGCAGGAAGGAGCACCGCAAGAGCGCAAAAAAGGACUAUAACUGACGCUUUCUGCUUGACAAGCAUCCCUCUUCUCUUCACCACUUCGACAGAUGUGGAUCUCUGACAGUUUUUCUCGAGCCCGAAUCAUCGGGAGAAAAAAAUAACCCUUCAAGGGUCGAAAAAUAUCAAAUAGAGAAAACCCGAAAGGGAAGUAUAUAGGUACUCCACAUCCACCCACAGGUAGAUAAAGGGGAAAAGUAUUACGUUUGUAUAUAGCCUUUUUUCUUAAAUAAACGGGUUUACAUACCCUAGACUA